AUGAAGGGUGAAAAGAACGUAGAUAUACAAGCUUUAAAAGAUAUCGCCAAUAAGUUGAGGAUCGACAGCAUCGUCGCUACAAAUGCAUCAAAAUCCGGUCACCCCACAUCAUGCGCGUCCAUGGCGGAGAUCAUGUCGGUGCUGUUCUUCCACACCAUGAGGUACAAGGUGUCUGCACCCAAGGACCCCUCAGCAGACCGCUUCAUACUUUCCAAGGGUCACGCGGCGCCGAUCCUCUACGCGGCGUGGGCGGAGGCCGGCCUGUUCCCUCUGGACGACCUCAAGAACCUCCGCAAGUUGACCUCCGACCUCGAGGGUCACCCCACGCCCAGGUUGAACUUCGUGGACGUCGGCACCGGCUCGCUGGGACAAGGGCUGGCUGUGGCCGCCGGGAUGGCCUACGUCGGGAAGUACUUCGACCAGGCGCCGUACAGGGUGUACUGCCUGGUUGGUGACGGCGAGGCGGCCGAGGGCAGCGUGUGGGAGGCGCUGCACUUCGCGGGUCACUACAAGCUGGACAACCUGGUCGUGGUGUUCGACGUGAACCGACUGGGACAGUCCGAGCCCACCUCGCUGCAGCACCAGAUGGACGUGUACAAGGCUCGCCUCCAGGCUUUCGGGUCUCACACGCUGGUGGUGGACGGACAUGACGUCACGGAGCUCGUGAAGGCCUUCGACGAGGCAGCCAACACCAGCGGACGACCCACCGCCAUCGUAGCCAAGACUUACAAGGGGAAAGGAUUCCCCGGGAUAGAGGACAAGGACAACUGGCACGGGAAGGCGCUGGGGGCGGAGGGAGAAAAGAUAAUUAAGCACCUCCAGUCCCUCAUGAAGUCCCAGUCGGUGUCGUUGAAGCCCCGCGCGCCACUAGCGGCCGCGCCCCGGGUCCACUUGGAGGACCUCACGCUGUCCUCUCCUCCAGCAUACAAGCUGGGUGAGCUGGUGGCCACGCGCCUGGCAUACGGACACGGACUCAAGAAACUAGCUGACAAUAACCAGAGAGUAAUUGCCUUGGACGGUGACACGAAGAACUCCACUUUCAGUGACAAACUUCGUAACGCCUACCCCGACAGAUAUAUCGAAUGUUUCAUCGCGGAGCAGACGCUCGUGGGUGUGGCGACCGGCGCCGCGUGUAGAGACCGCGCCGUGGUGUUCGCCUCCACCUUCGCCGCCUUCUUCACCAGGACCUUUGACCAGAUCCGCAUGGGCGCCAUCAGCCAGAGCAACAUGAACCUGGUGGGGUCUCACUGCGGCGUCAGUAUCGGGGAGGACGGCCCCUCGCAGAUGGGGCUCGAGGACCUGGCCAUGUUCCGCGCCGUGCCCACCGCCACCGUGUUCUACCCCUCUGACGCGGUGAGCACGGAGCGCGCGGUGGAGCUAGCGGCCGGCACGCGCGGCAUCUGCUACAUCCGGACCUCGCGACCCAACACGCCCGUACUGUACGAGAACGACGCUGUGUUUAAGGUGGGCGAGGCGCGCGUGGUGGUGCAGUCUCCAGCGGACCAGGUGCUCGUGAUCGGCGCGGGCGUCACACUACACGAGGCGAUGUCGGCAGCGGAGUCUCUGCGCGCGGAAGGUGUGUCGGUGCGUGUGAUGGAUCCCUUCACCAUCAAGCCCCUGGACGAGGAGGCGGUCCGGUCUCACGCGGCGGCGGUUGGUGGCCGCGUGGUGGUCGUGGAGGAUCACUACCAGGCCGGAGGUCUGGGCGAGGCGGUCCUGUCGUCCCUGUCGCUGGUCCGCGGGUCGGUGGUCCGUCACCUUUGUGUGCGCGAGGUUCCCCGCUCCGGCGCACCUCAGGAGCUGUUGGACCACUACGGCCUGUCCGCCAGACAUGUAGCCGCCGCCGUCAGGGACAUACUGAAGGCUUAG